AUGGCGACGAGUUCCCUUAAGUCGGUGUCCGGGCCGGAGAGAUACCGAGUGUCAUGUGUGGACGACAUCCUUAAAAUCCCUGAUAUGAGAACAGCACGGGAUCUCAUGAAGGACUGGAAUAUUGACACUCGUGGGGUCAAAAACAGAGAUGAGGCACUCCGACGACUUACUCAAUUCUGGAAGACUACUCCAGAAAAUGUCCAGAAACAGAAAGACAAUGGGUUUCAACAAGCUUUGUCAGACGACAGGAAAAACAGACGCUUUCUGUCGGAAAAGUAUGAUGAGGUCGUGGAGUACUACAAGAAGCUUCCAGAACAACACCAACGUGACCUUGAUCAUUUUUUCAAAGGCGUUGUUGAGACAGUGAAACACAAGAAAGGCGAACUGGCAAACAUUGACUGCGCGAUUUUAGUGGCAGGGGAAACGUCAGCUGGAAAAAGCAGUUUCAUCAAUCUGUUGUUAGGAACGGACCUCUUACCCACCAGCGAUCUUCAAUGUACAUCAACCAUUUGUGAAAUACGGCACUCAAGAGACGGAAAGAAAUAUGCAGUCCUGCAUCAUCGCUCAGUCGGAAACCAGAAACGGAGGCCAGAAGCUAUAGACCUUGAACACGACGAGGGUGUGAACGUCUUGACUAAAGUUGUUACUGAGAUAGAUGAGGAUACCGGGGAGAGUCCAUACUCCAGGGUGGACAUAUUUUGGCCUAUUGAUAUCCUAGAAUCUGGUAUUGUGAUAGUGGACACACCUGGUAUAGGCGCUAGUCGACAGCUGUCAAAGAGUGUAGAGAGGUUUCUCUCUAAAUCUUUCGGAUUCAUCUACAUCAUCAACAGCGCCAAUGCUGGAGGAGUACAGAAAGGAAGGUUAAAGGACUUCCUUAGAACUGUUGACGCGUCCCUUGACGAGGAGUUUAACUUUCGUGCUACCAUGUUUGUGUUAAAUAAAUGGGAUACUUGUCCCUAGCAGUGAUCAGUAUAUAACACCGAUUCUCUGUCUGAACAGGCAAUAAAAGCGAUGGAUUACGCCGAUUCUACCACGACAGACCACGAAAUGGUUCUCGAGGGACUCGAGCGCCUCCUACCGACCAGUCUAAAAAACCAGCUUGCUGCUCAUUACGGAUGGAUAGCACAAGUACUGAAGCGGUCUCACUACUCUAUAAAGGUGGCCAAGUUAAUGAAUGCCAAAGGCCUAGAGGAAAAGGCAGAACUACAGAUGAAGUUAAGGACACAGAUGGAUCGUUUGGAGAGAGACGCCAAGUACACUCUCGACAGCAUGCGUAGGGAGAUUAAAGAAGAACUGAAAUACCUGUACGAAAACAUCGACCGUUUGCUAUCCGGAACAGAUGUCCAGGCUCGCAUAUGUUGCUGGGAAGCUGACCAAUGUCCCCCAGCGGAAAAUUGGAAAAAAGUAGUGAAAGAGGCUGAAAGUUAUAUCGCUAAACGUGUAGCCGAGGAGGUCAAUAUCUGGGACCAUCAUAAAGGCAUUGUUAAACAUCUAAAGGAAAAAAUUGUCAAAAAGUUCAAACGAGACUUUCAACUGAUGGAAGACCAGAUGCGAGAUGUUGAAGUUGUACUUCUGCCGGGCGAUAAACGUGCCGUGUCUGACUUCCACAAAUCAAUGAAAAGACCUGCGCCCGUAAAGAACGUAUUCCAGAAAGCGGGGAAAAAACAGAAGGAAAAAGCUACCACUGACGACCUCAAGAGACUCGGUGGAGCUGUAGCCUGCGCCGGGUCACUUAAUACAAAAUCUAAGGACGUCCGAGCUAUAUUUAAAUCGUACAGCAAACGAGACGCAAGGAAGAGGAUGGAGGACGCCACAAUGAUAUUUAUCCAUAGUUUAACACAAGGAAACUCACUUUCGGCAAAGCUUGACUUAUUUUUAGGCAAAUAUGUCAAAGGUAUAGAUGACAUAGGUAAAAUGAUCCCAGAUCUUCUGAAAGCGGACAGGAUACUGAUGGAUACUUUGAACACAGAGAUGAAAGAAAACAAAGGCCUUUUGUCAAAUCUCUACCCAGAACUUCUCCGUGAUAAUGCUAGGAAACAGGGCUUACUUGACAUGUUCUAUAUCAAGUGUAUCAUGGAAUCCGACUUCAGACUUCGAGAACUAGACAUCAACAGGACCAAGCCGCUUGGAAGUGGCACUUUUGCUGAUGUCUUUAAAGGUGAUCUGCGACCAGCUGGGGAGGUUACCACAAACGUAGCCGUGAAAAUCAACAAAGAGCAUAUCACAGCAUCCAAUGUGAGCGACCUUCUCUUGGAAGACCGAACAUUACGGGAUCUCAAACAUAAAAACAUUGUCAAGUAUUACGGAUCAGUUCUCAGCCAGAAUGAAAAAUCCAAGGUCAGUUGGAUUAUGCUGUUAGAAUACUGCCAGGGCACCCUGAAAGACGUGUUUCUGGAGGAGUCGUUCGAAAACCCUGGCAAGCUUGGACACAGUCGCAGUAAGCAGGCACAUGCCAUGAAAAAUAUGGCUCGGUAUGUGGUGGAGAUGUGCAAUGGGCUGCAAUACUUGCACGAGAAGGGUCUGGUGCAUAGGGACCUUAAACUGGAAAACGUGUUGAUAUCAUUGGAAGGCACUGUCAAGCUCACAGAUGUAGGACUGACAAAAGGCGUUGAAAUGAUAUCGGGAACUCUCGCGGGAUCUCCUAUUUACAUGGCACCGGAAGUACUAUUGGCACGUGAUAUAUACGACCACAAGGCAGAUAUUUACAGUCUGGCUGUAAUGUUGUGGGAGAUGUGGUAUGGUAUGGACGCCGCGGACCAUAUCCAACACUACAUCCAAAAAAGACUUGAGGAUUCCGUCAGAGAUGGUCUCCGGCCAAAACUAUCCCUCCAACACCGUCCCCCAGACGACUGGAUAAGCGUCAUUGAGCGGUGUUGGGACCUCGACCCCGCAGUCAGAAUGGAAGCACAUUUCAUUGGAAAGUUCUUUGAAAAGGUGUAA